AGGACAUCCAGUGAAGUAUGUUCGAUAUGCAUUGACGGUUGUAAUGCAGAAAAUGCAAUAGUUGGUGUAUACACAGGAAGAUCCCACAAGCAGCAAUGUGAUAAUGAAUGGAUAAUCUGUUUCGUAAAUGUAUUUGGACUGAAUAUUACAUCAUGACGAAAAUACAGCCUUUCUUGGAGAAAAUGUUUCAAUAUACAGAAUUUUUCAAAGAACAUGGACAAAAUACUAUAACAUAGUGGACUCUGAAGCAGAUACAGUUCGUUCAUAGAAAAGCAUGGGAUACAAUAAGAGUCUCUGACUGAGAGGAUGGACUAUCGGCAAUUUAACAGUGUGUGGCUGAUGUAGUGACAUCUGGGCAAAAACUAAGACCUUUUGACUUUUAAUGGUUUGUACAUCAACAAGACCCUCAGCAUAUUGGAAAACUCGGGUAUCAAGGCUUUAGUUUGAUAUAAAAUGCAGCACUGCUCCUGGUUCCUGUACAUUGGAGAACACUUCUACUAAAGAAACUGGAAUGGAAUCAGCACACAGUGCAGAUCAUCAGAAAUUUCCCACUUCUGUAGUGGUCAUGUGUUUGGAGUCAUCGACAUAUACCUCAGGAGAAGAGUGUUUCAUUGGGUGUGAACAAGAUAAUAUUAACAAAACUGAAAUCAUUGAUCCUAAGGAAGAUGAUGACAAAAGGUCAGAGCACAAGAGUUCAUCACCACUGUGCUGUAUUAAGAAGCCAUUGGAAUUGUGCAGGGAGUCUGAACAUGCCAGUCGGAAUACUGAACCUAAUGGAAGUAAGCAGGAUGAAAUUUCACUGUACCCAACAGAAUGGAAUUUGGAAAGUAAUGUAGAAGAACCAGAUUCUGCUUCAAUUCACAUGAUGCCUUCUAUUUCCCCUCUAUAUAAAAAUACAUGCAAUACAAUUAAUUCAGCAACUGAGCUAAGAGUCAAGAAUCUUGGAUCAAGUGUUAUUGCAUUUUCUGACUAUGGGUGUCAAGCUGAAUCUAUGCCCUGUAAAAACACUGAACUCUACAUCUGUGAAGCAUCAGAUGUGUUUUGUGGACCUACUUCAUCUCAAAAUGAUUUCACAGAGUUGCUACACAAUUCAGGAUAUUUUAUGAGAAAGAGAAAGCAAGGUGUCAGUGAAGAGCAGAAAUACAGUGUUUCCAAUGUGAGUACAACUCUCUGCCAGUUUAGGAAAUACACUGAGGAAGUGGAGAUCCCUGAGGAAGACAAUCCAGGGGAGAAAAAAGAAAUGAGAGAAGAGGCAGUGUCAAAUGAAGAUGUCUUCCAUUGGAGAGACUCCAUGACUUUGCUGAUGAGGAAGCUUGACCAGCUGAACCUGGAUAUCGAGCAUGCACUUGGUGUUAGCCCCUCCCCUGCUAGCACCCCUGCCAUCAAGAGACAUCACCGCCAGCAGCCAGCACUGCCAUUGAAGUUGAGCCAGGAGACAGCUGAGAUUGAAGCCAAGGAAGCAUGUGACUGGUUGCGAGCUGCUGGAUUCCCUCAGUAUGCACAAUUAUAUGAAGAUUCCCAAUUUCCAAUUGAUAUUGCUUCUGUGAAGAAAGAUCAUGAUUUUCUUGACAAAGAUUUCAUAGAACCACUUUGUAGGCGACUGAAUACAUUGAACAAGUGCACUUCUAUGAAAAUAGAUAUCAGCCUUCCCAAGAAAAAAAGUGAAGACUCCGAUGAAGAGGACUUGUGUGCAAUUAGUGACAAAUGGACCUUUCAAAGAAGUAGCAAGAGAUGGUCAAGACUAGGCGACAUAGAUGUACUGUUUCCCAGGCAAGAUGGCCGCACAUCUACAGGAAGCAUGAAACUAAAAAAUACAACUAGCAGUGAGAGCGUGCUUACUGAUCUUAGCGAACCUGAGGUCUCCUCCAUUCACAGUGAAAGUAGUGGAGGAAGUGACAACAGAAGCUUGGCUGGUAGAACUGUCGAAACAAACAGUGCAACCACAGAACACCCAGAAAGUUCUGUACGGAACUGCGCUGAAACCACAGUAAUGCCAGGCUCCAUCUCACUGAAUAGUUCAUUCCCACAGACCGCAAAAGACAUUACGAACUGCAACUUUGGUGUGAAAACCGAAAAGAAUGCAAGAGUGAAAGCUAGGAAUCUACUAAAGCGUAUGGAAACAUUAAGACCAAGAGCUUCUCAUAAGUUAAAGGGAUCGAUGCGAUCUGGAGCUUUGGUUAUUAGUUCGCCUGUACUUCAACAGGAACCAGAGUCGCUGAAGACCAUGCGUUGUGUGGAGAUAGUCAAUGGAAAUCUUAAUAGUUUAGCAAAGGAUUCAACCAAGAGUGGAUUUUCUUCAUCUACUCAGUCUAGUAGCGAUAGCCACUCAGAAAACAGUGGUAGUGCGGUAAGUACACCAAGCUUAAAAUCAAGGAAAAGACGCUUUGCCAGCAAGCGGAGUGGCAUGUAUCUCGAGGAUGUAGACAUCAUGUCAGGAACAACAAUGAAGCAAGUGGCUGAUCAAAAUCGUAGGAAUGAAUUUUGUUCCCAGGAAAACCUUGUUGUUCACAUUCCAAAGGAUCACAAACCAGGAACCUUUCCAAAGGCACUUUCCAUUGAAAGCCUUUCCCCUUCUGACAAAUGCAGUCCUGUAAACUGGCGGACUGGGAGUAUCUCUCUAGGUAAACAGAAGUGCAGCAUGACCAAGCCCAAGAGCUGUUACCCAAGGGGAAGCAGAAUUAGUAUUUAUGACAAUGUGCCUGGAUCCCAUUUAUAUGCCAGUACUGGGGAUUUAAUGGAUUUGGAGAAAGAAGAUAUUUUUCCUCACUUGGAUGAUAUUUUGCAACAUGUGAAUGGACUGCAGCAGAUUGUGAACCAUUGGUCAAGAAAUGUUUUGCCUGAAAUACAGGAUGAUGAACUCUCAGUCUGUGAACGACAGUUCAACUCAUCCAAUCAUUUGAUGCUUGACUUUGAAAGACAUUCUAUGUCAGAUGGUCAGAUUACUCCCAGUGACCUUGAUCGAGAUGGGCAUUCCCUCAAUGAGUCUGAAGCAGUGGGAAUGAGAGAUCGGAGAGAUUCUGGAGUUGGUGCAUCUUUAACCAGACCUAGCAGGCAUCAGAGGUUGCGAUGGCACAGUUUCCAGAUCUCACAUCGACUCAGUUUCACUUUAGCCUCACUGCAGAUCAGCAACCAGUCAGCAGCUCAGCUCAAUCUGCUGCAGAAGUUCUCUCUCCUUCGCCUCACUGCUAUAAUGGAGAAAUAUUCCAUGUCUAACAAACAUGGCUGGACCUGGUCAGUGCCAAAAUUCAUGAAGAGGAUGAAAGUGCCAGACUACAAAGACAAGAAUGUCUUUGGUGUGCCUUUGAUAGUUCAUGUACAGAGGACGGGACAGCCCCUCCCUCAGAGCAUUCAGCAAGCCAUGCGCUAUCUCAGGAGCCAAUGUCUAGAUCAGGUGGGUCUUUUUAGGAAGUCUGGAGCCAAAUCCCGAAUUCAGGCACUUCGACAGAUGAAUGAGGCUUCCCCAGAUAAUGUUAGUUAUGAAGAUCAGUGCCCAUAUGAUGUCGCUGACAUGCUGAAGCAGUUCUUUCGGGAUCUUCCUGAUCCUCUCCUGACCAGCAAACUAGGGGAAACCUUUCUUCAUAUCUAUCAAUAUGUUCCCAAAGAGCAACGCUUGCAGGCAGUGCAGGCAGCCAGCAUGCUGAUGUCAGAUGAAAAUCGUGAGGUCCUGCAAACACUUCUUUGUUUCCUUAGUGACGUGACUUCCGUAACAGAAAAUCAAAUGACUGCCAUGAACCUUGCUGUCUGCCUUGCACCUUCCCUCUUCCACCUGAACUUGAUUAAGAAAGGAUCCUCCUCACCAAGGGUAAUGCAUCGCAAGUAUGCAUCAGGAAAACCUGAUCAGAAAGAUUUGAAUGAAAACUUAGCAGCAACUCAGGGGUUGGCUCAGAUGAUCACAGAGUGCAACAUCAUUUUCCAGAUCCCUCAAGAUAUGAUGACACAAUCACGGAACUCCUACAUUGAAGCUGAUGCCCAUCCCUUGACACUGGAGGAACUCGGGAAGCAACUAGAAGAUGAGGGAGCAAACUAUCAGACGUACCUGGAGAAUCUUAUCCAGAACCUUCAGAAAGAAGCCAGGGAGAAGUUUAAGGGCUGGGUUUCAUGUUCGUGCCCUGAUAACAUUGAACUUGCUUAUAAAAAGGUUGGUGAUGGCCACCCACUCCGUCUGUGGAAGGUGUCCAUUGAAGUGGAGGCUCCACCCUCUGUAGUGCUAAACCGGGUACUACGAGAGCGCCACCUGUGGGAUGAUGACCUUCUCCAGUGGAAAAUCAUAGAAGCCCUGGACAAGCAGACAGAAAUCUUCCAGUAUGUCUUGAACAGCAUGGCUCCUCAUCCCAGCAGGGACUUUGUCACUCUGAGAACAUGGAGAACGGAUUUACCAAAGGGAACAUGCGCACUAGUGGCCAUCUCCGUUGAACACGAUGAGGCACCCUUGGUGGGUGGAGUCCGAGCUAUGGUCAUGGAUAGUCAGUGUCUGAUUGAGCCAUGUGGCUCUGGGAAAUCCAGAAUGACCCAAAUCAGCAGAGUUGAUCUGAGGGGUCGGACUCCAGAAUGGUACAACAAAGCCUUUGGGUAUCUUUGUGCUGCAGACGUUGCUAGAAUUAGAAACUCAUUUCAACCUAUAAAUGCAGAAGGACCAGAAACCAAAAUCUGAAACAAAGAAGCCUCUAAUCAGGAGGGUUACAUUUGUCAAAGGAAAAUGUAUGCCAUUUUACAGGAAACAGAGAAGAAAAUAAAGGGGUGAUUAAGUACUUCACACUAAUGGUGAAUGGCCUGCUCUUCGGUAAAUAGAUUUGUAAAAUUAUCCUGUAUCAAGUGACUCUCCGGCAAGAGCUCUCACUGUGCUGUAUGGUUGCCAUGGUAUUCCUCUGGGUUACAGAUACACAGUGGUGUUGACCUGCAGCAUCCAUGGCAAGCUUUUCGAACAUUGCAGUCUGCCUCUUUGUGAUGUGAUUGAGUCUUUCCAAACUCCUGGGCCCAUUGCUGAAUCAGUUUGUAUAAGGUCAUGCUUCUGGAGCUGUUUGGAAGGUUAUUGUUUCAGCAUUUCUUUUUAUUUGUAAUUUAUCCAUGUAUGCUCAGUGGACUCCAAGAUUAGGGUCCAGGGAAUUGCAGUGGGGCUCCUAAAACAAUAAGAUCCAUAAAGCUAUACAAAAUUUUAAUCUGUGCUUUGCACAGUUUGAGGAAUAAAUGCUUCUGAGAAGCAUUUACAUUUAUAUAAAUAUGUGUGUGUGUAUAUAUAAAUAUAUAAAUAUGUAGAUAACAAAGAUAUCUAUGAAGAAUAAGCCUAAAUAUAUAUAAAACUGUAUCCAGAUUUUCAGCCUUUAACAAUCAGCUGCGAUGCUGGCUAAUGAGCUUAUAUUCCUGUCACUUGGAUCCCAAUAUCUUGCCAUAGAAUUUGAAGCAGAUUUUGCUGUGUAUGUCAGAUGUUUGCACAGUGAAGCCAUUUUCACAAUGACCUCUGUUAAGGUCAGAUUUGCUUUGACAAAGUUGCAGCUUGACUACCUGUAAUGAAAAUAGUUCAGAAUACCAACAGAGCUGAAAAUAAUGUGCAUGUACGGAUAAAGUAGAAUGUUUCACUAAGACCCUCCCUCCUGCCAACACGCAAAUAUAUAUUUAAAAAGUAAUUAUGCAGUUCAAUAAUUUAUUGUUCCCUCUGGAUUAGCAAAAACAAGAAUUUGUACUAGAAACUUAUUAAAGAACUUUUCUGAGGAGAAUAUGGUGUUGAUUUUACUCUACUAUUAUACUGGGCAUGUUUUAAAGCACAUUAUAAUUUUCACAAUAUUUUCCUAUGCAAUAUUCAAGGUGCAGUUACUCUUAAACAAUUGUGAAGAAAGUUGCCAUGUCAGUGUCAUGUACUUAAUUGCAAUACAUCUUUCAUGAGUGUAGUCACUUUAUAUCUGCAUGUGUCAAGUGGUUGUACUUCCAUUUGUACUUGGGCCAUAUUUUCAACAUAGUAUUAUAUCACUGAUUGGGAUUCAGAAUGACAAGGAAUUUUAUUUAAGGAUGUAACUAUUUAUACCUCAUAUUUUUACCUCAUUUGCUGGAUUUUUGUUGAUUGUAAAUAUGAUUACCUAAUAUUCAGAGUGAGCAGUUCUGAUGCAGUUUAAAAAAAGUAUGUGGUUAAUGUUUUCAUUAUUUCUUGUACAAAAUUUAUUUUUUCUUUGUCAUAUUAUGAAAUGCACUAAUAAAGAUUACA